AUGUCUUGCUCCAGCCUGUCCUAUCCAGAAUGCGGGGUAGCCCGUCCCAGUCCAGUUUCUGGAAGCUGCAACGAGCCGUGCGUUAGGCAGUGCCCUGACUCUGAAGUGAUCAUCAGACCAUCACCGGUUGUCGUGACCAUCCCAGGACCAAUUCUCAGCACUUUCCCUCAGCAGAGUGAAGUGGCAGCCGUUGGAGCACCUGUAGUCGGAUCUGGCUAUGGGGGCUCAUUCGGUUAUGGGGGAUUGAACGGCUAUGGGGGUGCUUACGGAGGAUUGUAUGGUUACGGGGGAUUAGGUGGUUAUGGGGGCCGUUAUGGUUACGGGGGAUUGUGUGGUUACGGGGGAGGUUACGGGAGAGGUUACGGUUACGGGGGACUGUGCGGUUACCGGGGAGGUUAUGGAGGAUUGUGUGGUUACGGGGGAGGUUAUGGUUAUGGGGGAUUGAGUGGUUAUGGGGGCCGUUAUGGUGGACUGUGUGGUUAUGGAGGAGGUUACGGGGGACUGUGUGGUUACGGGGGAGGUUACGGAGGAUUGUGUGGUUACGGGGGAGGUUACGGUUAUGGGGGAGCAUGCGGUUCUGGGGUAUCUUGCCAUAGGUACCUGAGUGGAAGCUGUACACCAUGUUAA